CAUCCACGACGAUGGCCAUUGGCCAGUCCCGCCAACAUCCGCGUGCUUUUCUUUUGACACGAGGGCGCGAGGCGGUCACCGAAGCUGCCAAGCCUCCAAACCUCCAAGAUCCCCUGUCCUGGAGCCAUCAGAUGCUCUCUUCCUCCACAAAUUCAGCUCCCGCCUCGUCGCUGCGCCGCAGCUUGCCGCUCCAAGAACCAUGCCCUGCUUGCUCCUUCCAUCUCCACGGCCUCGCCUCCCUCUGACCUUGACCUCCCCGUCGUCGUGCCGGCACCCGCAGUGUGAAGGACACCUCUUGCUGCCCCGGCGGCGGCCAUGGGUGCGGCUUGGCGUGCGCGUGGCCGAGAUGGUUUCCACUGAGGGAGACACGAUGCCUGGAAGGGAUGAACUACGAAGCCCGUUGCGGGAAGCGAACAGGUGGGCACCCGUGGAGGCGACGCUGAAUUGGGCGAGUAAAUGGCUGGUGGCGGGUUCAUAUGUUUUUGCAGUUUUCUGGAAGCAUGAUGUGGAAAUUAUGUGGAUUUUGCUGGGUGCGUCGGCCAACUAUCUGCUUUCACUGAUUCUUAAAAAGAUGCUAAACCAUGAAAGACCUGCACCGGAUUUACGGUCUGAUCCUGGGAUGCCAUCCUCCCAUGCACAAUCCAUAUGCUUCGCUGCGACGCUCCUAGUUCUUUCAUGGUACUACUACCUUGGGACAAAUUAUCUGACGAUGAUCCUUGGGCCAGCAACUCUGUCAAUGGCAACCUAUCUUUCAUGGCUACGGGUGUCGCGGCGCCUUCACACGGCAAACCAGGUCAUGGCGGGAGCUGCCUUAGGAUCUGCCUUCGGCGCUCUGUGGUUUGCUCUCUGGCGUUCGCUAGUGCAGGAGGCAUUGUUGACUUCCUCACUGUCGGCCCGGAUUGCGGUCAUCCUCGGAUCAGCAGUAUCUUGUGUUGGCAUUGUCGUCUACAUGCGGGGGCGGAUCUUGCACCGGGGCGGACGGGGUUCAAUCCCCUCAUACUGUUGCUAGAGUCAUGGAAUCCCCCUACAAAUUUACAUCCAUUGAAGUUUGAAAAGAGAGGCUAGAGGUAGAAGAUUGAGGGAGGAGCCUCUCCUAAUCUACAUGAGUGGUCAUUGGCUCAAUAAUGAUUGAUGAUUUGUGUACCUCGCAGCUGCAAUGAGUUUUUGCUGGACUUUGGAUGAUCGAA